AAAUUGAAAUGAAUGGAAAAAGUGUGGGUUGUUCCUGGGACAGAGGGAACCGAUAAGCAUUUAGGCGGCAAGGCGAAAAGCGAACCCUAGUUUUUGCGCAACUAAAAAUUGUGGAAUUCAAUUCAAAACUUAUUCAGUUAGUGCUGAAAUCUAAGCUAGUAUGGACUACACCAAAUCGGAGGAAAAUUGGUCGGAGGAGCACGAUCAUCUCCCAUUGAAACAACGUUUAAAGAUCCUUCACGCGAAUAAUAAAGUCUCAGAUCUAGCAAUUGCGGCAAGCGAGUUUGUUGUUAAGAAGGAAGAUGAGGAGUGCGUGGUACAGGAUGUCGAUUCUGCUCAUUUCCAUGUUGAAGGGAGGAUUGAGAGGUUUCUGUUGGAUGAAUCUCAUUGCGGUAGGACCCGAGAGUCAUGUAUUCCUAAAAUUGAACAAGACAUUAGUUGUCAGCCCAAUCAGACUAACGCAGAAGCAGGUUGUGAUAAUCUAUCGGGUUCUACAGUAAAUUGCCUUGUUGACCGUUGCAGCGAUGAAGUUAAAGCAAUUAAAUCAAAUAGCGAAACACCUGCUUAUAUCCUUGAUGAUCUAGAUCAUGUUGAUUUGAAAGAACGCUGGAGGAUGCUUCUGCUGUCAAGGAAAUCGCUGGGUGCGACAGAACCUGUUUGUAAGGAAAAAACUGUACUCUUUUUGGGGCAAGGAACUAAGGAAGUUUCAGAUGUGGAAAAUAGUAUCGAGUUGGCCGCCAAUAUAGCGGGUGGCGUGCAAAAUGCUGUCAUUGGAAAGGAAGAUAGUUAUUCUGUUAAAGAAGAGUAUUUAAGUGUAGGGGAUUCUGAAAAGGUACCACGAGGAUGUACUGCUGUUGUCUGUGGCGAUUCAAAUAUAGAAUCAUCACACAGAAUUGCUGCUGAAUCCGCUAGUACAAACGACAUAUGUUCCUCAAAAAUAACUUCAGGUCAACAUGAACCAUGCGGUGGGAAGUUUGUUCUGUCUUCAUCUGGGAAACAUUUUACUGUUCCUAUUACUCCUUCGACAACUUCUGUGAAUGUCAAGGUGGAACCUAUAGAAAAUAAUGAACUAGACGAGAAGAUAUUAGAGUACUCCUUGAUGACAAAUUUAGUUGCAGUGAAAAAUGAACCAAUAACUUCUGACGCAUUUUCUGAAGACGACUUGGAUCAUAUGUUGCUCAGUACACGGAUUAAAUUGCUGACAUCAAGACAGAUCGCAAAAGCUGAAAAAGUUUCUGAGGAUUCGAGAAAAAUUGAGAUUUCAUCCCCUGAUUGUGAGCCCAUAUCAUCAAAAUCUGAUCCACCAGCAAGAGUCAAACGUUCAAGGAAAAGGAAGAAAACUGCAACAGAUUCCGUGGAGAUUGCAUUGGAGGAAGAUGCUCCUGGGCUACUUCAGGUGUUAGUUGACAAAGGAGUGUUAAUUGAUGAAAUGAAGCUUUAUGGUCAAACAGAGGUCGAUGAAGCUAUUGACGAAUCAUUCUCUGAAUUUUCUGAGCUAGAAACUGUAAUAUCAAAGCUUUUCUCGCAGCGACACUCGUUAAUUAAACUUGCUACUUUAAAAGGUACCAAGGGUGAAAAGAUUAGUUAUUGUUUGGCCUGUCUAAUUUCUCUGGUAGAGCAGGCGCGCUAUCUACAGUUCAGAAAGUGGCCGGUUGAGUGGGGUUGGUGUCGGGACCUCCAGUCAUUUAUAUUUGUCUUUGAGCGACAUAAAAGAAUUGUGCUAGAACGGCCUGAAUAUGGCUAUGCAACAUACUUUUUUGAGUUGGUGGACUCUCUAAGCAUAGAUUGGCAGAUCAAAAGAUUGGUGACGGCAAUGAAGCUUACUAGCUGUAGCAGGAUCUCGCUGAUUGAAAACAGAGCAUUAACGGUUGGCAAAGAUCUAACAGAAGGUGAAGCCGGAGUGCUAUCAGAUUAUGGUUGGGUACCAGAUACUGGGUUGGGAACAAUGCUUAAUUAUCGGGACAGAGUUGUUCAUGACAGAAAGAAUGAAGCGGACAGCUCAGAAUGGAGAUCUAAAAUUGGGAACUUGCUGAUGGAUGGCUAUAAUGGUGGAACGAUUGUAUCAACCAGUAUUCCAAAAAAGUUUGCGGAUAAAACUGUAGUUCAUAAUCCAGCAAUCAAGUUGGAGAUUUAGGUGAGGUUAGUCCAUUCCAAUAGUAGUAGUGCUAGAUUGUAGAGUAUUAACUUAUUAACAGGCAAUGAACUCGUUUUUGAGCUAUGACAGUAGAUUUCAACUUUGUUUUUGUUUA